CCCCACCUGAUUGGCCGCGUGCCUCGCGCCCCCGUUUCCCAUUGGCUUAGCGAGAGGAGCACUGCGCCCCACUCCUCGGAUUGGCUGCGGUGGGACGAGGAGAGUGUAUAAGGGACGGGCGGGUGGGGGCACCCCCAGCCGGGCUGGGGGAGCGGUGUGAUGCGUUCUGUGGGCCGUCACUGUCUCCUGGGGGGCUUCAGCUUCCCCUGCACGGAGCAGCUCUCCCUGGGGAGGCUCUGGGGUUGCUGGGAAGGGCUUGGCAAUCCUCGCUGCCGUGUUGUGGUACCAGGGUGGGCUCAUCCAAGGGCAGAGCAGGACCUGGCCUGGCUGUGGCCUCCUGCCUGCUGGGUGCUCUGCAGGCCUGGAGGACGGAACAAGGGCCCUGUGUGAGCAGCAGAAGCUUCUUUGUGUGGACUUUGGUAGCUUGGUCUUUGUACCAGUGUUGGUAGUUCCUUCAGCCCGAUGAGCUUGUUCUUGUGGGUCAUGGGAUGGCUGUGGCAUGUGACUGAUUUCUUUCUUUAUUGGACCUCUCGCUAUCAAGGUUUGUAGUGUUGGGUAGCCUUGUCUGCUCCUGUGCUGCUCUUGUAUUGAAAAAGCUUGUUAAACUAUUGAAUUAAAAUGGGAAAAAAAUGAGUUCUUGGUCCUUUGUCUUAUAGACCCUAAAGGGAAAGAUAACCCCAUAGAGGGUUUGUUCUGUAUGAGAAACUUCAGGUGGUGUGGAGGCCCCUCUUCCCUGAGCUGCUCAUUGCAGAUCCUUGGAAGGAGCCUUUGCAAAGUUUAAAAACCUAGUUCACAGGUCUUGCACUUUGAACCUGUUCUUCACAGCUGAGAGACUGAAAUGAGAAGGCAGCGUUCGCCAUUUGGUUAUCUGCACACCAGUAUUUCUAGCAUAUCAGUGACAUAUUCAUGGUUCUUACAGGCUUUCAAAGAACGAGCAAGCUCAGCGCUGGGCAUCCCUGUGAAACGCAUAUCAAUAUCUCUGUUUAUGAGUUUUAAUGGGAAUAGAGGCUAUAUUGAACUCUUUCUUUUAUUACUUUUUUCAACGAUUGAGUUUUCUUUCUAUUGGCUACGUUAGAGGAUGAAAUACUCGUGAAUCAACUGAUUUCACAAGAGGGUUAUUUGACUCUUCUGUUGUGAUGAAGUAAUUGGUAGUCUCGAGCCUCCUAACACCUUCAUUUUUAGGGUAAGAAAGAAGGUAUAUUUCUCAGGUUAGUCCUGAAAUGAAUGACUUGUCUCCUGAAAUGUGAUGCUUUUUAGCACUUUGCUACGUGCAUUCUUCUCUUGUGUAUUAGGUGUUUGAAACGAAGACGGCUUUAUUACCAUGGUAUUGGAUGAGAUAUUGAUGUAGUUGUUGUUAACUGAUGGAAUAACUGACCACUUGCUCUUGACAAGAAGUCGGUAUGAGGAGCUUGCUCUCAUCUGACGCCUUCCUUUGCUAUUAACCUGCAUAGAAAAGCCUUAGAUGAGCUCUCUUAUGCUAAUCUGCUUUGUAGUAAGCAGCUACUUGGAGUGUGUUUCUGACCCCCUGCAGCUGCUGUCAGCUGUGUAAACAGAAUUUUAAUUAAUUUAUAAGUGUAGCUAAUUAUGGAGGCUGACUUAAUAUCGUGAAUUUUGUUUUGGCUUAAGCAAGAGCUGAGCUCUGUUUGCUGCUUCUAUUUCUUUUUUUUGUGUUAGUAUACCAUAGAAAUAAAAGUUGUGUUGUCGCCAUUAGCUGGCCUUAUGUGUUAGGUGCCCACCUGCUGUAAUUUUGAGGAGGCCUGGUUUGUUCUCAGGGUCCCUUGCAUUUCAAACAAGCAUUCUGCAGCAGGCAAGUUUGGGGGCUUUUCUUUAAUGUGCAGAAAAGAGGUGGUUUUGUCUCUUGAAAGCUUGAAGUGUGGUGGUGAUUUAAUGCAGAGAGAUGGGAGAGGGAGCAAAGAAGCAGCACAGUCAGUUUGGGGGGUGGGGGGGAGUGAGUUCCAGCUUUAACUGGAGGUAGCUUUGGGAAGAGAUGCAUGAGCUGGAAGAGGAACAGGAGAUGAGGAGCUGAGCCUGGUGGUGGUAUGGUGGUGUUCUUAGUAAAACUGGAGAAUGUCUCUUUGAAGGUCGCCUUUGCAACAAGGUAGACACACUUUGAUACAGGUGUUUUCAGUUUUGUCCUUGUUGUUCUCAACUGUGCCUUCUCUGCUUUGUUCUUUUAUCAUUCUUCUCCCUCUGUCGUUUAUAAACCAAAUCAAUUAAGUAAAUGAGGUCGCUACCUCAAGCAGCCGAAGCCUGAGAGUUGUGGUUUAUGGCCAUAGCAGAUGCUGAGGAUAUCACAGAGACUCGAGAAUACAAAACAUUCAAAAGAGGAAAAUGACACGAAAAACGUAAUAACGUGUUCAGAAAGCUGAGGUAGGGAGGAAGAAAUCAGUGAUGGGAAUGGAUAGGUAGGAGUCAAGCAAAUGGAAAGAGAGGUGACUGAGAAGAGCAUGUGUGUGAACGUAAAUUUUCAACUUGCCUCUUUGCCUACCGAGAACAGGAAGGAUGGAUACUCGGAGAAACAUGGGGUAAGACAAGAACUGAGUCUGCACAGAAGUGUUGUCUAGAGAGGGAGCUGCAUCUCCAAGUAGGUCUGUAGCCAAAUCCGUGAAGUUCUCCUGUAGGAUGUAAAUCUGCCUUGGAAUUCGCUUGUGGUGCUGGAUUAUCUCCUGUGUUUUGUGGAACAAACAGACUUGUAGCUGCUUAUGUGGUACUGACAGGGAGUACAUGCACCAUCCUGUUGUGGUAUUGUCUUUGGAACUUGGACAAUGCCCUUUAUGAAAGGGCUUGUGUGAUGUGUUGGAGGCGGUAGCAGGGGACCAACCUUGGGGAUCUGAGAGGCUUCUUCCAGUUCACUGUUGCUGUGAUGGAUGUGGUGUAAGGAUGUGGAUGGAUCAAUUCAUUACGUGCAAUUUGAGUAAAGAGUGAGUUUGUGUUUGGCUGAGUUGUUCUAUUUAUUAUAUGACUAAAUAAAUUGAAGCCAUUUUUCCUUUUGUGGAAAUAAAUAAUCUCUGCUGUCCCAGCCCUGUGUGCGAUUUCUAUUUCUAACUCACCAGUAAAGCAUAAAUAUUGUGGCUAUAUAUUACCUGGUUAUUAACAUGCAGACAAUGCACAAGAGCUGAGUUCCUUGAAACAAUAUGUGCUUCUGAUGAAUGAGGAUGCAGAGGGAGAGACAGCAGUCGUGACUCAGUAGUCAAUGAGGUUGGAACCCCAGCGUGCUUCCCAGCCGUCCUGCUGCAAUGAAAGCAUCUCCUUGCCAAGGAACCUCAGGAAAUGCACCAACUCUGCCUUCUAGGCAAUCUGGGGUAAUUAACUUAAGUGUGGGAUAUAGCUUUUGCAGACACAUGUGAUGUUCCUUUUGAGUAUCAUAAAUCACUUUCAUAUUAAAAGCUGGAGGAAGACCCGCGGUCAUAAAACCCCCUUUGGUAACAAUCUUGCUGUCCUUGCAUAUGGUUAGCAGUGAAACAGAGUGGUCAGUGAGCUCAGUACUUAAAGAAUUAAGCUAAUAGCCACUGCUGUUAUUGCUGCAGGGAGCUCCAGUCUAUAUGCAAGCCUCUUUUACACUAGGGAGUAAAUCACAUUAGGUUUUUUUAUGCGCCAUUAUUGUAAAGUGGCUUCUCAUCUGAGGUACUGCAGUGGCUUUAUGACUCCCUGAGAAGGGAAGCAGAUUGCUCCUUUGCCCAGCUUUAAUGUUCCUCCAUCCCUGUCAUCUCAAAGAAGGGACAAGAAUGAAUGUUUGGCAGCUGCUGGCUCCGGUGCUUUCUCAGCAGAAUGUUCUUAAUUGAACUUGGAGAGCUCUCUGCAGAUGAAGCCCCCAGAGUUUUUGUCUCUAUCUCCUGCGUAGUCCGAUGGUUGAAAGGAGGUCUCAUUCCCUAAUAGCAGGUGUGUGAAGAAAAUACAGGUGCUCUUGAUCUUUUCUGAUGACUUUCAGAGCUGAACUUCUCUUUGCAGCGCUGCGUGCUUUCACUAUUUUCAAUUUCUGUCAAAACUCCUCGCAUGCCAAAUAAAAAGAACAGCCGCUUUGCUGUUUUCUGAGGCCAUUCUCAAAGCACCGCUCGCUCCCGUUCCCCGGCUGAUGGGGUCGUAGGGCACCCACAGGGUGAUGCGGUGUGGAUGCUGUGAUCUGUCUGAGGGUAGGCAGUGUUUUCAUCAGCGCUUGCCCUUUGGGAGGUGGAUGUCUGCUGCUGAGGACAGCAAGGCUAAUGAGGACGUUGGUGCUGGAUGGGGAAUGAGGUGCUUUGCCCCGAAUAGGGUUCAUCCAGAGCUGGAUGCGGCAAAUGGGGGGAGCUGCUGAUUUAAUGACACGGCUUCAGAUGAAGCGACACGCUGCUGGAAUGGGAGAGAGGCGUUCGAGUGUGUUGUGGAGGUCAAAAGGAGUUCUCAAGUGAGAUUUCCACAAAGAUGAAGAGCUGGUCGCACAAUGGCACGAAAAAGCUUUCCAUGCAGAGGGACGUCGCCAUUAGUGAGCUUUCUGGAUUGGAUGAGGAAGAACCAAAGACGAAGACCUUAGGUCUGUGGCAGCUGCAGCGGGUGUUAAGAAAAGGAAGCCAUGUUACUGAAGAUCACCUUGUCUUCUGGAAGUAGAAGCACAGUGAAGAGAUGAAUCUACUCAGCCAGCCACUCCUCCAAUAGUUAUUUCUCAUCAUGGAGCACCACAGCAGGGAGGAGAUGGACUCAAAAGAAGAAAGUCCUCAGGUGUGGCCUGACUCUGCUGAGCAGGACCAGAAUGCUGCUCAGGUGCACUUUGUCCCGGAAGCGGGGACGGUGGCACAGAUUGUGUACAGCGAGGAGCAGGAGCGUCCCUCUCAGCAGGUGGUGUACACGGCGGAUGGCACCUCCUACACGUCCGUGGACACCUCGGAGCACACCCUGGUUUACAUCCAUCCCGUGGAAGCUACCCAGACUCUGUUUACAGAUCCGUCCCAAGUGGCUUACGUCCAGCAGGAUGCCACCACACAGCAGGUAACUGUGCUCUUGCCUGCUGCUGCUCAGAGCAUGAAUCCCACCAACCUGUCCGUGCUCGGCAGCGUUGCCGAAUCCCCCCAGCCAAUGGCUCUGGAGCAGGGUCAACAAGCAGAUAGAGCAUCGUUACCGGUGCAUAACCAGGUGUUACCUCCUAUGGAGGCAGUGGAUGGUUCUGACCCUUUAGCACCGCUGCAGAAUCAGAUGGAAAGGAUGGAAACAAAAGAGGAAGAUGAUGAGGAUGAAGAAGAUGAUGAAGAUGGGGAAGACACUGACAUGGAUGAAUGGGAUCCCGAUCCACCUCGACCAUUUGAUCCCAAUGAUCUGUGGUGUGAAGAGUGUAAUAAUGCCCAUCCCUCCGUGUGUCCAAAGCAUGGACCUUUGCAUCCAAUCCCCAACCGGCCUGUGCUGACCAAGGCAAGAGCCAGCCUCCCCUUGGUGCUCUACAUAGACAGGUUUUUGGGAGGUGUCUUCUCCAAAAGGCGUAUCCCCAAACGCACGCAGUUUGGACCUGUAGAAGGACCCCUGGUUAGACAGACUGAACUUAAAGACUGCUAUAUCCAUUUGAAGGUGUCUCUUGAUAAGGGUGACAGAAAAGACAGAGAUUUGCAAGAGGACCUGUGGUUUGAACUUUCUAGCGAGGCUCUUUGCAACUGGAUGAUGUUUGUGCGUCCAGCUCAAAACCAUUUGGAGCAGAACCUGGUCGCCUAUCAGUAUGGCCACCACAUCUAUUACACGACCAUUAAAAACGUGGAGCCCAAACAGGAGCUCAAGGUGUGGUACGCUGCCUCUUAUGCGGAGUUUGUGAACCAGAAGAUCCAUGACAUAUCUGAAGAGGAACGGAAGGUUCUCAGAGAGCAAGAGAAGAACUGGCCGUGUUACGAGUGCAACCGUCGUUUCAUGAGCUCAGAGCAACUCCAGCAGCACCUCAACUCCCACGAUGAGAAGCUGGACUUCUUCAGCAGAGCCAGAGGCAGAGGUCGUGGGCGAGGAAAAAGAAGGUUUGGACCAGGCAGGCGCCCGGGACGCCCUCCCAAAUUCAUGCGUAUGGAAGUGACCAUUGAAAAUGGAGAAAAGUGUGAAGAAGGGACACAGGACUUGCUGCAUUUUUCCAGCAAGGGGCAGUUUGAUGAGGCCAGACAAGCAACACUGAAUGGGCUGGAGCAGCAGGAGCAGACUCCAGUGCCAUCAGAGACACAGUCGGCACUGGAACAGCCCUCAGAAAACCACCCGCUACAAAUCCAGCCACAGCACGACGAGAGCGCGGUGCCUGCGCAGAGCACCAUGACAGCAGAUGACAUGAGGCGAGCAAAGCGUAUCAGGAAUGCAGCUCUUCAGCACCUGUUCAUAAGGAAAUCCUUUCGCCCAUUCAAAUGCCUCCAGUGUGGGAAGGCGUUCCGGGAAAAGGACAAACUGGAUCAGCACUUGAGGUUUCACGGACGGGAAGGGAACUGCCCUUUGACUUGCGACAUCUGCAACAAGGGCUUCAUCAACAGCGGUUCUCUUGAGAGCCACAUGAAGUUCCACAUGGACCAGAAAACCUACUCCUGCAUUUUCUGUCCCGAGUCCUUUGACCGCUUGGAUUUACUCAAAGAUCACGUGGCCAUCCACAUCAUUGAUGGCUAUUUCACCUGUCCUACCUGCAAAAAGCGCUUUCCAGACUUUAUCCAGGUCAAGAAACACGUACGCAGUUUCCAUUCAGAGAAGAUCUAUCAGUGCACGGAGUGUGACAAGGCUUUCUGCCGGCCGGACAAGCUGCGGCUCCACAUGUUGCGACACUCGGACCGCAAAGACUUCCUGUGCUCCACGUGUGGCAAGCAGUUCAAGAGGAAAGACAAAUUGCGAGAGCACAUGCAGAGGAUGCACAACCCAGAGAGGGAGGCCAAGAAAGCUGACCGCAUCAGCCGCUCCAAAACCUUCAAGCCUCGGAUCGCUUCCACUGACUACGAGAGCUUCAUGUUCAAGUGCCGCCUGUGCAUGAUGGGCUUCCGCCGGAGGGGGAUGUUGGUGAAUCAUUUAUCAAAGAGACAUCCAGACAUGAAAAUAGAAGAGGUGCCAGAGCUCACGUUGCCCAUCAUCAAACCCAACAGAGAUUACUUCUGUCAGUACUGUGAUAAGGUGUACAAGAGCGCCAGCAAACGCAAAGCACAUAUCCUGAAGAACCACCCUGGUGCUGAGCUACCUCCAAGCAUCCGGAAACUGCGCCCUGCAGGCCCAGGAGAGCCAGAUCCCAUGCUGAGCACCCACACCCAGCUGACAGGGACUAUAGCCACCCCUCCAGUCUGCUGUCCUCACUGUUCCAAACAGUACAGCAGUAAGACGAAGAUGGUACAACACAUUCGCAAGAAGCACCCAGAGUUUGCCCAGCUCCCUAACACUAUACAUGCCCCACUGGCGACAGCUGUCAUCAGUUCCACUCCUGCAGUCCUAGCCACUGACAGCACUACCGGAGAGACGGUUGUGACAACAGACUUACUGACGCAAGCCAUGACGGAGCUAUCCCAGACCCUCACAACAGACUAUCGAACUCCCCAGGGAGACUACCAGCGAAUCCAGUACAUCCCUGUGUCUCAGUCCACAACCGGCUUGCAGCAGCCUCAGCACAUUCAACUGCAGGUUGUUCAAGUGGCCCAGGCUACCUCACCUCACCAGUCUCAGCACUCCACAGUGGACGUUGGACAGCUGCAUGACCCCCAGACAUACACCCAGCAUGCCAUCCAGGUGCAGCACAUCCAGGUCACAGAGCCAUCGCCUGCAGCUCAGUCAUCAUCGCAGGUUGGGGGUCAGCCUCUGAGUCCCUCCUCCCAACAAUCACAGCAGGAACUCAGCCCCUCGCAGAUGCAGACAGCUGCAUCUACACAAAACCAAGCCCUCCAGCAGCAGCAAGGAUCUUCAGUCCAGCACACGUAUCUUCCCAGCACGUGGAACUCAUUUCGGAGUUAUUCGUCCGAGAUCCAGAUGAUGACGAUCCCUCAAGGCCAGUAUGUCAUCACAGAGACAGCUGUAGGUACACCUGUCACCACUGUCAACACAGGGCAAGUGAAAGCAGUUACUCAGACUCACUAUGUCAUAUCCGAAGGUCAGCCUGAUCUGGAUGUCAAACAAAACUCUUCACUCUCCAGUGAGGUACAGGUUGGUGUUUCCCAGCCACCAGCCCACACUGAUACGUUGGAAUCUCAAACGAGUAGUCAGCAGCAAACAACGCAGUACAUAAUCACUACAACCACCAAUGGGAACGGGGGCAGUGAAGUGCACAUCACUAAACCAAGAACUUUCUCAGCAGAACACGAAUGAAGAAGCGUUGUGGUGUCACUUGUAUUUUUCCACCUUCGCCAAAAGCCCAAAUAUAUGGGUAUCCUGGAGCUCGUAUGUUUUAAAGUAUAUGCUCACAUCAGCUAAAAUCUUGGAGCUCUCGUUAAUGCUUUAAGAGGGUUUAAGUCCUCAGUGACCAUGAAGAAUUACCCUCAAAAUCCUUCUGGGAUGCCAUUUUAUGCAGCUUUUAACAAAAAGGACAAGAGGAGACGUGAAACUUCUGCUUGCCCUGGACUUAUUUGGCAUGUCUGCUGGCCCUAAUUUUUUCCUUCUGAGAAGUGUCUCUGGUAACCAUCUACAGUUUCAAUUGUAAGGGAAUAGCUUGCCCAUCUGAAGGCUAAUUGGCAGAUUGUUGUAUGUAUAUUUGUAAUAGGAGCUGUUAAACAAGAGCAUCACGUAAAUUGCUGGAGUAUGGCAGAACUGCUUUCUCUGUCUUUGUUUCAGCAGCCAAGGUGAAAGGGGCUACAUGCUUGAGAGCAGACUUCCCGGAGAAAAAGAGCAGCAGCGAAGCGGUGACUCUUUGCGUGUGUGUGGGGAUGGAUAUCGCAAUGAAGCUGUGACGACGUGCAGAAGCAGUCCAUUAAAUUAUUAUUUUUCCAACCCUCAAACUGUUUACAUGCUGUUUCCCCUAUCCUACUUCACCAAGCAGUUCCAGAAAAAGGAAAAGUGCAGUCUUAGGUUUGGAAUAAAACAAUAGCAGCACGUAACAGUAGUACGGAGCCACUGUUAUCUUUUUUUUCCCUCCAGAGUUUGCAGGGAAAAACGCCUUUUUGCCCAUUAAAAAAAAAGGCUUAUUUUAGCCUGCAUAGCAGCUUCUGCUGUGAUCUGUAACUAUAGAUCUGCCAGGAGAAAUGGCUAUAGGAGCACACCUUCUGAAAAUGCAGGGUAGUCAUCUGUUGUCACCUCGAAGUGGACGUAUCUUUCUCUUGAAGACUGGAUGAAGAGUUGGUUAUGCUGGUUUUCCAAAUACCUUGUUAACAAUACACUAAUUCCUUUGGACAGUUUCUGAAAAUGACCAGCCUUGGACUCAGGAAACACAAGAAAAACACCAGUGGACCACUACUUAUGGGACACAGAAAGCCAUCUGCAAGAGUUGCCUGCUUUGCUAGACCUGGUCUAUGUUCAGAACUCAUGUUAUGUCUAGGGACCAGGAGAAAGGGAAAGGUGUUGUUUUUAUUUUUAAGGCAGUGUAUUUUUUUUAUUACAUGAUUCUCCUUCACAGGUCUUGUUGGUUGGUUAUUUAAUGCUUUUUGGUAUUUGCAAGAGUAUGAUUACAACUCCAUAUACUGUUGAUGGGCUGUACUGUACAUGUUUAAAUGUUCAUUCAUUCUGCUUGAAACCUCAUCCCAGAAUGCCAGUGCAUAACAGGAUAAGUUUAUUUAUAACAUGAAAGCAAAUAAGUUUUGUCUUAAUGGCCCUUUGAGAAAGGCCAGAAGAACUAAGAGAGGAUCUCUGUUUUUUCAAUUUUUUCUUAUGCUGCAUUGAGUGCAAAUCUGGAACUCUGGUGUAAUUACUUCUACAGACUGAGAUGGAGUUGAAUCAUGUGAGUAGUUGUAUACAUGUAUACAGGUUGUGGUGCCAGCCCUUAUGGAGGUAAAGCUCUUAGACAUGAGAGAACUUAACACUCAGACUAGGAAAGUGGAUGUCUUGUUACUUGCUGGCAAAGCCUGGUAGCAUGUAUUCCCUUGGUAAAUGACAUAUCUAUUAAUAUGGUGUGGAAAUAGUGACUCUGCAUGAUGAGAAAUCCUGAUUAAAAUACUGGCCAGUUCAGAACUGUUUCGAGGUAGCUUUGAAGUGAUUUGCCAAAGUGUAGAUUAAUUUGUGCCUGGGAUUUCACAUCUCUUAUUGCAGCCACCGUAGUGGGGCAUUAACUAAUAAUUGGGGCAUUAAUGAGUUUGGUAUCUUAUUGAAGACCUGAGCUCCCGUUUAGUCAAGUGCAGUGAUGAGUCUUGGUUCAGUGGAUUUGGGAGCUCAUCUACUUCAGCAGUGCAGCCAAGCAACUGUAAUUCCCCUUAAUUCAUUUGAAAUCAUGUUGCUGAGCACUUUUUGAAUGACAGGCCGUUGCAAUGUUUGUGUGGGAGAACAGAAAGGGGCUCUUUGUAUUGGCUUUGCCUCACAGUGUCCUUUAUUAGGAAAGGGUCUGCCUUCAGACUGCUGUAUUAAUGACACAAGUCAAGCAUGUGGUAUGAGCAGUAGGAAAGUAGAAGACCUGGAAAUUAGAUAAUUGCAAAUGGGUACUGCUCUACGGGAGCAUUUUUAAAGUCUUAAAGCCUGAAGUCUUUGGAGAUGGUCAAACUUUGUCUUUAAUGAUUUUGCAAAUGUGAAAUUUAAAACAAAAAAAAAA